AUGGAGGCGGCAGCCUGUCCCUACAUCGUUCGCUACUACUCCUCUUGGGUGGAGGACUCAGAUCCGCGCUUUCAGGAAGGUGAGCUGAUUGAGGUUUUGCAGCACGUGGCCAGUGAGCCUGGCCAGCUUAAGCGGAGUGGGCUGAAGAAGCUGUCUCAUCCCAAGAGGCACGGCCUGAGCAUCGUGCAUUUGGACAUCAAGCCGGACAACAUCCUUCUCAGUCGGGGAGAGCCAGGUUAUUUCAAAAUCGCAGACCUCGGAUUGGCAGCAGCUGCCAUAGGCGCAAGGUGCGAUGAUAUCACCGAAGGAGAUUGCCGCUAUCUUGCUAAAGAGGUAUUGCAAGGCGACUUUGCAGAUCUUCCUAAAGCAGAUGUAUUUUCCCUGGGCCUUGUCCUGUAUGAACUUGGUACCAACCCGAACGGUCUUCCAAGCAACGGCCCAGAGUGGCACAGCCUCCGUCGUUCCCUCGAGGUGGCUCGGCUGCCAGAGCUCUCGCCCAAGCUGCUCCAGCUCAUGCAAGACUUGGUUCAGCCUCGGAAGGAGCUCAGACCAACAUGCGAGGCAGUACUGCAGAAGCUGCAGGAAGAUGCUGAUUUCUCGCAUCCGGAUCCCGUGCAGGUCCAGGCUUUGCAAGAUGAAGCCAGGCGAUGCCGAGAAGAGGCAAUGCGAAACCGGCAGCGAGCAGACGAAUACUGGCAAGAAAUUCUCUGCCUCAAGAAGCAGGAGCUGAUGUGUGGGAAAACCGGGGCACGCCCGUCCAGAUCAAUUGCCGAUGUGUUUGGGCAUGUUACAGGUUGCUGCUGUUCGGGCCCCUUUGCGCAAAGAUUCUUUGCUUUGCCAUGUUUACGCAUGCUCCAGACAGACACACACGCAGACAGACAGGGACACUCACACUCUCCACGAAAAAAGUAUUGCACACUGAUGCGCAGUGAAAGUCUCCAGACAGUCUGUUGUCCAGUUGGGGUCGUCGGAUCAUCGUUUGAUUUGGAGUCGGCAACUCCGAUGAUUCCUGUUUGA